GUGUACGCCGCCGAUGAAUUUGCGGGUGCAGAUGCACUGGUUGGUGCGCUUCUCGAGCAUCCAUUUGCCUCAGACGCGGCAACUACGCUUGUUCGACGAAGGUGGGAAGGACAUGUAUCAGGCAGGAAGCUUGAUAUACGGUACGGGGACCCUUCUGCACGGCCAGGAGACCCACGCGUCGGCACCAUUCAGCUCUCUUCACCUUUUCUAAACUCUUUCUCUGCGCAAAUUCGCUUGACCGAAUUGCGGCCUCCCACGGCACCUUCACAAGAAGACCUCCAGACGCUUUACACAGCUGAUGUCCCAAUCAUCGUCAUCAACCCACUGACAAUGCCUCUCGCUUCUAUUUUUCCUCAUAACCCCUCCUUGCACUCACCUAUAUUUCCGUAUCCACUCCCUAGCCAUGCCAUCCUCGUCCUCACGACGCCCUCUCCGACAGCGCUCCCCUCCGGACUUAUCGACACUCUCGCAUCUGCUUUCGAUGGCACUUCUGGUGACGUGGGUCUAGUAGAUAGAAUACUCCUCGUUGACCCCGUUCGUGCGCAUCAGGCGCUCCAGGCACUCCAUUCAUCCCCUUCGAAUCCGUCAAAUAUCCAACGCUACCAAGAUGAUACUGUGAAAUCAGGGAUCAGCGCUGUCAUGCGAGCUUUGACUUCUCGACUUUCAUAUACUCCCGCGUCAGAAGUAGUCGCGCAGACUCGCACAGCUAAGGCGUCUGCACUACUAGACGCCUCCCUCGUGACGGUACGCGGCGCGCUCACACAUGCAGAAUCCCAACUCCGCCUCGCAUCACAGACAGUGCGUAUACUGCGUGGAGCCGUUGCCGAAGCCCGAGCAAGAAUAGAAAUCAGCAUCUAUGGGCACGACAUGGAGCGUGUGGGCGGCAAUGAAGCGGCAUUGUCAGGACAUGUCGCAAAUAAACUUACCAGUCACGCAAAUGUGGUCAAGGAGGCGAUGAACGGAGCAGAGGUUGUGGUAAAGCAAGUCACGGACACUCUCAACUGGUGGCGUGUACUAUGGCGUGCGGACGAAGUCGGGUGGAUGGUAAAGCAAGCGGUGAGGUGCGCUUGGGUGGGGGAGGUUGAACGUACAAUUCUCCCGGCUUACUCGACGUUGCCGGUCGCUCAGGCGCAGCUUAGUACUAUGACCCAGUCGCACCUCUCUGCUCUGCUAUCCCCACUGCGUUCCGCCGUUCUCACCAACACGCUCGCCCAGCUCACCACGGCUCCUUCGUACCCUGUUCAAACCACAACACUCCUCGCACCUCUCACCCGCCGCCGAGAGGUCCUCGACAAUGGGCCCACGGCGCGUCUGGAGCGUGCGGCGCAGGCGUUGGUUCUGCGUGUGGGAGGGAGCGUAGCCGGAGGUAUUGGGGCUGGGGCUGGAUGGGUCACAUGGGCCGGCGGUGCGAGUUGGAUCGCGGGGUCUGGAGCAGCGGAGAUGUUGGAAGCUGUUGGAACGGGUGCGGGUGUGGGGUUGUUGCUGGCGCUUUCGGGUGUCAGGUGGGCCAUAACUCGCUGGGAGAAGGCGCGGAAGUCUUGGUGGCGAGAUUGGAAGAGAGUGAGCGACGGUGUUGGCAGGGAUGUGCAGGUACGUUUUCCGUGCAUACAGAAGCUCUCAAAUCCCUUCUUAACGGUAUUCGAUGGAUGGCUAGGCCACAUUGAAAAAAACACUGGAAAACCAGGUCUUGAUUGUGCCGUUACGUGCAUGCGAUGGGAUAGAAGAGCUGGCUUCCAGAAGACGAGACGAGGUAGACCGGUUGAAGGCGGAAGUUGA